AUGGGCAACCGCGUCGUUCCCUUCGUCCAACUCCAACUCUGCGCUGGGCCCUUCCUCGUCCUCCCCGUCUUCCCCGUCCUCCCUGUCUUUUGCUCCUGGCGCAACAUCUCCACGGACCAUGUGAACGCGCUCCUCGCCUGCCGCUCCCUCGACGAGCUGUCGAGGCCCCUUUGUCUCGGUGAGUCCCCCGUUCUGUUCUCCUGCGCUCCUCGCCCACCACCUCCCCAGGCCCUGGCCGCACCGCGGAGCGCCGACGACCCGCUCCCCGAGGGCCGCACUACGGGCCAGUUGAUCGCCCUCCCAAGCGGGAGGCUGCUCGUUCUCGGAGGCUCGCACAUGGGCCAGAAGACACGUCUUGCCCGUCGCCUCUUCGCGCUAUAUCCACCUGCCCCACUCCUGCGCAAACAGUCCAAGGUUCUCGACGACUGGCGCAACGCGCGCCUCGCCAACGUUCCCGCCCUGCUCACCAAGUACGGCAUCGAUGUCUGGCUGCGCGAGCUCGCGGAAGACACCCUCUGGUGGUCCGUCGAGAACGCGACCGAGGACGCCGCUUAA